AUGGGUUCAAAGAAGAAAGAGAUCAGUCGUAAAAAGAAGUCAAGAUCAAGGCGUUCAAAUCAAACUACUUCACAUUGGAAAUCAUUUUUCACUGCUGCUUUAAAGAUUCUUUUGUUCCCAAUCUAUGUCACAUAUAUCUUUUGGAGAACUUUGUUGAUUGAUAAACCACGGGAAGCUGCCUAUGCUGUCAAAGAGACCUUCACCACGUUGUAUGAAAAAUCUAAGAAUGGGUAUAGAAAAGCUAAGAAGAUCAAGCAUAGAGGAAGGUUACAAGAUCAAGUUUUGUUAUUGGAUGAUUUAAGUGAAAGUGAUGAAGAAGAUGAAGUUAUUAGAAAUAGAUGUAAGAAGAAUGGGAUAAUUAAGAGAAAAACUGCAUUUGUUAGAAGAACCGUUUUCACUGUUGGUCAUUUCACUAAAGAAGGUUUCAGAUGGAUUUGGAGACUAUUUAUUAAAACUUUACAUGUCAAAAGAACAACUCAAAAAAAUUUAAAAUGGUCUAUAAGGACUUCAUAUGGUCUUUGGUCAGAAACUGGUAAACUUGUUGAAAAAAUAAAGAAUUUCCCUGGUGAUUUAGUGAUAACAGUAAAGAAUUUUGUUCGUGAGGCUAUAGAAGGUGAUAAUGAAGACCAAUCACCUGAACAAGAUGAGGAUCCUAAUAACUUUACAUUGGAAGAUCAAUCUGAUUUACCAGAACCAAUUUCUUUAAGAACUUCUCAGGAAUUAACAUCACCUCAACAUUGGCCAGAUAGUCAUGGUUUUCCUACGAAGGCUCCAUAUUCAAGAAGACCAAUAUCAAGAGGACGUCCUCAAACUCGCCAAAGUUUUUCCCAGAGAAUAGAAGGUACAAUUCCAGCAAGAAAGUUUUUCGCACCGCCAACAAAUGAAGAAUUGAUUGAUGAUUAUUUCAAUACAUACGAUGCUAUUCAACCACAAGAUCCAUAUCGUCGUUUGGUUUAUUCAAGGACAAGAAGACAUCAAUUAAUUUCAGAAACUGAUGCAGAAUCCAUGGAUGUUAAUCCAAGAAGUGCUAAAAAUCAAGAAUAUGAUGAAGAUGAAGAUGAUCAGCAAGAUGCUGGUGCUUAUGAUGAGAUAUACGAACCUAAACAUAAUGAUGAUGACUACUAG